CAAGAAGGGGACCCCCAGUGAGCCUAUUAUUCCCAGGUUCCUCUCUUUUCCCACCUUUGUCACCACAGGGUGUCAGAGGUCAGCUGGAAGAGAACCCCCUUAAAAAAAAAGGAGGUGCGUGCCAGGAGUUGGGUGGGUUCGUGGCUAUAUAGCCCUGCUGCAGCAGUGGGCAGUCAGCGCAGACAUGGCACUGGCCCAGGAGCUGUACAGCUUCCCUGCCUCUAAGCUGGACUCCUUCGUGGCUCAGUGGCUGCAGCCAAGCAGGGAAUGGAAAGAAGAGGUGCUGGAGAGCGUGCAGGCGGUGGAGCAGUUCCUGAGGCAGGAGAACUUCCAUGGAGAACGGGGCCUGGCCCGAGACAUGCGGGUGCUGAAGGUGGUCAAGGUGGGCUCCUUCGGGAACGGCACGGUGCUCAGGAGUACCACAGACGUGGAACUGGUGGUGUUCCUGAGCUGUUUCCACAGCUUCCAGGAAGAGGCCAAGCACCACCAGGCUGUUCUGAGACUGAUCCAGAAAAGGAUAUCUUAUUGCCAGGACCUGCUGGACCUUGGGCUCAAUAACCUGAGUGUGAUUGAAGGAGUGCCCAGUGCUCUCUUCUUCACUCUCCGGACAAGGGAGACCUGGGAACCCAUCACUGUCACCAUCGUGCCUGCCUACAGAGCCCUGGGGCCUUCCUGUCCCAACUCUCAGUUACCCUCCGAGGUCUAUGUGAAUCUGAUCAAGGCUAAUGGGUACCCAGGAAACUUCUCCCCAUCAUUCAGCGAGCUACAGAGGAACUUCGUGAAACAUCGGCCAACGAAGCUGAAGAGCCUCCUGCGGCUGAUCAAACACUGGUACCAGCAGUAUGUGAGAGACAAGUGCCCCCGGGCCAACCUGCCUCCUCCCUAUGCCCUGGAGCUGCUAACUGUCUAUGCGUGGGAGGCAGGCACCCAGGAGGAUGCAAACUUCAGGCUGGAUGAAGGCCUCGCCACUGUGAUGGAGUUGCUCCAGGAUCAUGAACUCAUCUGCAUCUACUGGACCAAGUACUACACACUGGAGAACCCAGUCAUUCAGGCCUUCAUCAGAAGACAGCUCAAAAAAGAAAGGCCCAUCAUCCUGGACCCAGCAGACCCAACCCACAAUGUGGCGGAAGGGUACAGAUGGGACAUAGUUGCUCAGCGGGCCAACCAGUGUCUGAAGCAGGACUGUUGCUAUGACCACAGGGACACCCCGGUCCCCAGCUGGACUGUGAAGAGAGCACCGGAUAUCCAGGUGACAGUGGAGCAGUGGGGUCACCCCAAUCUAAUCUUCUGGGUGAACCCAUAUGAACCCAUAAAGAAACUUAAAGAGAAAAUCCGACUGAGCCGGGGCUACUCGGGCCUGCAGCGCCUGUCCUUUCAGGAGCCCGGCGGCCAGCGGCAGCUCAUCAGAAGCCAUUGUUCUCUUGCCUACUACGGGAUCUUCUCCAACACCCACAUCUGCCUGUUGGAAACCAUCUCCCCUGAGAUCCAGGUCUUUGUGAAGAACCCGGAUGGUGGGAGCCAUGCCUAUGCCAUCCACCCCCUCCACUUUGUCCUGAGCCUGAAACAGCAGAUUGAAGACAGGCAGGGCCUUCGAAGCCAGGAGCAGCAGCUGGAGUUCCAGGGCCAUGUCUUGGAGGACUGGUUUGACUUUAAAUCCUAUGGCAUCCAAGACAGUGUCACCCUCAUCCUGUCCAAGAAGAGGGAGGGGAGAGCUCCAUUCACACCCAGCUAGUUUCCUCUAUCGAUGUCUCUGUGCUUUCACUCACUGUCUUAUUCUUAGACUUAGCCCAGUGGUCCUCCUUUCUAGACCUCUGCUGGGAUGGUCCAAGUCUUGGUACCCAGCGAGUAGGGAACCAGGAGGGGUGUGAGAAGUCAUAUGAAAUCAGACAAUAGCUGGGCAUUCGGUGUGACAGUGGAAUUCUGCAGCCACCUGGGAGGCCAGACCAGGACUUCUUCGAUCUUCAUGGCCACACUGUCAGGACACGGGUCAGUAAAUGGCAGUCUCUCUAAUAAGCUACUCUCAUUUGUUCAGAGGAAGCCAAACAAGCUUCCCAACCAGUCACAGGGAUUGUAAUUGGUUGUCCCACCUCCAAGUUCCCCACACCAACAACCUCCAGGGUCUAUCUGAAGCCUUCCCCUGCCCCCCAACUCAAGUCAGCCUGCCUCUCACUAUCCAAGGCAAGGUAGGGCAUCACGUUCCUUUUAAACUGAGAAUAAACAGCCUUUGUUUCUUCA